UAUAUCGGGCCGGGCCGAAGGUGGAGACGAGACGGGGCCGCGGCGGCAGGCGUGGGGAUGCUGCUCCGGAGGCCGGGGCCGGGAGGGCGGUUGCGGGCGCCACGGCCUCGGAGGCUCGGCUCCGUGGGCGCUCGAGGCUGAAGGCCGGACCCUCGCCCCGGCGCGGCAGGCACGGCAGCGGCACUGACUCGACCCGCGAGGGCGCCUGGCCGGGACCUGCGGCUGCGGGAGAAGAGACCCCGUCUCUGGAACGGGACGCGGAUGCGCACGCUUCCUCCUCCUCCGGCAGGAACUCCAAGCCCCGCGCGCCCCGGCACCCGAGGCUGGAACCGCGGCUCUGCACGCCUUCCCCCGUCUCCGCUCCUCACCCUGAAGCCAGUGCGCCCUCAGCUCCUCCCUCGUCGCCCCUGUCGUUUCACCCAAUAAGCACAACCACUCCAAAGAACUCCUGCGGAAGGGGACUCCAAUCCGGAGAGCGACGGUCUCACCCAGAGGAAGGCGAGCUCCGGGAGAGAGAGGCCAGGGCCGCGGCCCCGAUCGCCACCACGCCCCGGACACCCGCUGUCCAGGACCGCGCGGAGGCAAAGGGUGCGCGCCGGGCGAGGACGGGCGCGGGCAUGAAGCUGGAGGUGUUCGGGCCCCGCGCGGGUCUCGGGGACAAGCCGGGGAGUGACCUGGAGGGUGCGGGCGGCAGCGACGCGCCGUCUCCGCUAUCGGCCGCGGGCGACGACUCCCUGGGCUCGGACGGGGACUGCGCGGCCAACAGCCCGGCGGCAGGCAGCGGCGAGCGGAGCGCGGGCGGCGGGCCGGGCGCCGAGGAGGCGGGCGCGGCGGGGGCGGCGGCGGGGCCCAGAGCCGGGGGCGCAGGCUCGGGGGGUGCGGGCGGCGGCGAGGGCGCGCGCGGCAAGCCGUACACCCGGCGGCCCAAGCCCCCGUAUUCGUACAUCGCGCUCAUCGCAAUGGCCAUCCGCGACUCGGCGGGCGGGCGCCUGACGCUGGCCGAGAUCAACGAGUACCUCAUGGGCAAGUUCCCGUUCUUCCGCGGCAGCUACACCGGCUGGCGCAACUCCGUGCGCCACAACCUCUCGCUCAACGACUGCUUCGUCAAGGUGCUUCGCGACCCCUCGCGGCCCUGGGGCAAGGACAACUACUGGAUGCUGAACCCCAACAGCGAGUACACCUUCGCCGACGGCGUCUUCCGCCGCCGCCGCAAGCGCCUCAGCCACCGGGCAGCGGCCCCCGGCCCCGCGCUCCGGCCCGCGGACGGCGCGCCUCCGCCGCCCGCGCCCGCCGCCCCGGCCCCGGCUUCGCCCCGCGCGCGCUCGCCCGCCCGCCCAGAGGGGCGCGCCAGCCCGGCCGGCAGAUUCUCCGGCCCCUUCGCCAUCGACAGUAUCCUCAGCAAGCCCUUCCGCAGCCGCUGCACCGGGGACAUGGGCCCCGGGGCGCGCCCUCCGUGGGGCGCGGCGCCUUGCCCGCCGCCGCCCGCCUACCCGGCGCUGCUCCAGGCCGCGCCCGCUGGGGCCCUGCUGCCGCUCUGCGCGUUUGGAGCGGCCGAGCCGCCGGGGCUGCUAGCGCGCGGGGCCGAGGCGCCGCCCCUCCUCCUAGCGCCCCUGGCCGCCCCGGCGCCGGCCAAGCCGCUCCGAGGCCCGGCCGCCGGUGCGCACCUGUACUGCCCCGUGCGGCUGCCCGACGCCCUGCUCGCGGCCUCGGCCCGCGCGCCCGGCCCGCACCUGCCUAGUCGGCCUGAGACGCUCCUGGCAUGAGCGCGCCGGGGGCGGCGGCGACGCGGGCUCGGGCUGGGCGCUUUCCGCCCGAGGACAGAGACCGUCCCAGAACCAUCACCCGACGUGCCUUGGAGCGAACACCGGACGGAAGGGUCGCACCUGCGUCCCGAACGUUCCCUUCGUCCUCUAACUCACGUUCAAAGGAGCAAAGCAGGGCCUCGGAUAGUUUCCUUUCCUGAACCAAGCCUGUGCCUCACAGAACCUUCUCCUCCUGGCCCAGGCUCUGCCUUGUUCCUGCUGUUGCGCCUUCGGUGCUUUGUCCCUUACAAAGCGAAACAAAGCUAAGCAGCACAUCAGGGAACCGUUCCGGGUGACCGUGCACGGCUACUGCGCGGGCCCCGGGCCCCUCCUUGCGUGCCUGUGGCCUUUACAGGCGCAGCUGAGUGCCAGGGGCCAGAGGAGCGUCAGUCAUCUCUGCUACUGACCACCGUUUCACUGUGCCAAAGACGAAAAAUAUAUAUAUUGUUGGGUUUUAUGAUUAAAUUAUUUAUAUAUUUUUGAAACCCGAAUGGAAAAUGUUGCAGGCGACGGUUGUGGCUUUACUGUCUGUUGGGUCAUUUCUUAAGUGUGUUCUCGUUAGGCCGGGUGGCUUCUUCCAAGCAAGAGCUAACCGUUAUGUUUGUGGGGUGCCAGGAUCACUGCCACCUGAAAGCAAGUGUGAUUUUUACUUUUAAUAUUAUUUUAUUUGUGUCUGUACAUACUCACGUAUAAGUUUUAUGAAACCCCGGCAUAGUGCUCAUUUUUUAAUAAAACUGACAACUGACUUCA